UUACAAGUCGAGAGUAUUGUCAGUUGAUCGUCCAAGACACACACACACACACACCACAUGUCUGUACGAUGUAUGGCAAACCAUAUCAUACUUAUUGCACACACACUCUGCUCUCCUUGCCGCACAUCGACAAGACCUGUUGGUUGAUUACGACCAUACACUUCAACAAGACGACGUUGUUCUCCAGUCUAUAUGCUUAAUUGGACACGAGCAUGCUCCUUCAGGCCGUAUCUCAGAGAUUGGUCUCCGACAGGCGAGGAGGAGGAUUCGAAUAUGCUUCGUCUCCACUCGGCUAGUGGACAAGGGCAAGAUCCCGACUGUGGGGUGACUGGGGGAAAUUCACAUCCCGUUUCUUUCUCGUGCAAAACUCCGUCAGAGAAUUUUUGUAUUCACCCUAUCUCGAAGAUCCAUGCCCUCCGAGAGAUGUGCGAGAGAAAGACACAGCCGAUAUCACAGCUGCCUAUUGCCGCAGAAUCACAUGCUGCGCUCGGCAACAAACAAACCACCAAGUGUCCAAAUCACAACAAAAACGAAAAUGCCACGGUCGUUGGACAGCAUUUCCUUUCGGCGUGCUCGGUCAAAUAUUCGUGCAUAGUAAGAAAAGUCUUUACAUCCCAACGAUCAAAUAUCCCCAACCCCUUUUGCAAAGGAACAAACGCCUCCGUCAUCUCGAUACAAAGAUAGAUCCUUCGAUGCCUCUUCGAUGCAGCAAAACAGAGUUUACAUGCACCUGGAGUAGAUGUUGCAGCGGC